UUUUUUUUUCUUUCUUAAAAUAGCAAAAACGGUAUAUAUAUAAAAUGAAUAAUAAAUAAAAUAAAAUUAACAUUAGAUGGAUUGAUUGGUUCCGGAAAAAGAAAGCUGCAGUUGCAUUGACCGCUCUUAAUUGGACCUUAUCUUCGUCACAUGCCAACUUCCAUUUCUCAUCACACUUCACAACUUUCAACACUUUGCAUAUAAAACAAUUCAUCAUCACCACCGCUUCUCAUAUUUCAUCAUCAAUUUCUCCAUUAGUUAGAGAAGUAUGGCUGAAUCCGCGCAGCAAAGCCAUGAAGAAUCGAUGCUGCUGCGCACGGAGCCGUCCUUCUGUAUAUACACAGACGAUGAAUUCGGCGAGCAAGUCGGAAAUGUGGAGGUGAUGAGAGAAAAGAUAGAGAGAGCUGCUACAAUUGGGGAAAACGGUGAAACUGAGUUCAGUUUUGGGGAAAAUGGGAUGAGAGUGAUUGAGGAAGCUGAAGACGAAGACGAAGACGAGAAAGAAGAAGAAGAGAAGACGCCGAGGAGAUUCAGAGAUCUGAAGAUUGAAACUGGAGGCGAUCGAAUUAGCCCUCCGAUUUUUCAAGCGGAAGGGGGAGGUGGCGAUGCGGCCGCUCUCAACAAGUGGAGAAGUCAUGCUGCAUAUUUGGAGUCCACUGGAGAUCUUUAUGGUGCUGAGGAAUACUAUUUUCGAGCUACAGAGGCCGAUCCUAAAGAUGGUGAACUGCUGUCUCAAUACGCCAAGCUGGUAUGGCAGCUCCACGGUGACCAAGCUAAAGCCUCGCGUUAUUUCCAAAAGGCUGUUGAGGCUGCUCCUGUGAAUAGUGAUGUCCUUGCUGCAUAUGCAAGUUUUUUGUGGGAUGUAGACGAAAGCGAGGAGGGAGAGCAUCUGUCCGAUGACGCUCAGAAAUGGCAGGUUGAUGAGAAUCCUGCUAUGGUGGAUUCAUUUGGAGGAGAUUAUACAGAAGAAAUGAGGCCGUCUAGCCCUACGUUACAUCUCGCCAUGGGGCUUGGACUCGAUGCCUCUGGUUUUAGGAGUUUCGACAAUGAUGAAAGUACUAAUGUUGAAGAAUACUAUAAGAGGAUGGUUGAGGAAAAUCCUCGUAACGUUAGCUUUCUAAGAGAUUAUGCUCUUUUCUUGCAUCAGAAAAAGGGAGAUCUAGAAGGAGCCGAAGAAUAUUAUUCACGAGGAAUACUAGAGGAACCUCGUGAUGGGCAGAUGCUCUAUCUGUAUGCUGGUAUAGUGUGGCAGCUUCAUCAUGACAAAGAUAGAGCUGCGGCCUAUUUUGAACGGGCGGUUGAAGCAUCUCCAAUGGAUAGCAACGUGCUGGCUGCAUACGCUAAAUUUCUAUGGGAAACGGAAGGCGAAGAAGCUGCCAUAGACGAAGCUCAGAGGAGCAGCAACUGACUGGUGGUGUACAUAUAUCAAAUUAGCUUUUGGCAUUGCUUCCAUGACUCUCACAGAUUCCUCCUUCACCGCCUUUUGCAUUACUUCAACUGCUGCAUUUCCUCGAAUCGCAGAUUUUUCCUUCUUCACCGCUACAGCUACAGGCUGCGCGAUGCAGGUAUGAGCAGGGGCCCUCCUUACCGGGCUCGAGCACAAGUACACGUCGUCGACUCCGGCACAUCCACUGCAGCAGUUUCUCGUAUCCAUUUUCUUGAAUUUUAGCUCUCUUGAAUUAUGCAAGGGGGUUUUGAAUUGAUGUUUGAUCCUUGGAGGAAGAUGGGGUUUAUAAAUAUAUAUAGUGAAGAUUAGACUUUUGGAGUCUUUCUCA